AUGUCCCGAGCAAUUCUGCGAAUCAACGCCUCCAACAUUGUGCGACAGGCCCUGCGAGCAUCUGCUCCCCAGGUGACCCGAUUUGCUGUUCCCGCUUUCACUCGAGCCCUCAGCACCUCUCGACCCGCCUUCUCCUCCGAGGCCAUUGCUACCGAACUGGUGGCUCGACUGACCAAGGAGAUUGACUACGAGAACUCCGUGGAGGCCGAGAUUGCCGAGGAGUCCGGCUCCACCGGCCAGUACCGACUUCCCAAGGAGAUUGACAACGAGCUGACCAAGAGCGGCUUCGAGAUUGUCUACUCCCCCUCCAAGGACGAGCUCGAGCUUGUCAAGAAGCUUGACAACGGCGACGUCACCCGAGUGUUUGUGUCUCUGGGCGCCGUUGCCCAGCCUGCCCCCGACGCCUUCCCCGAGGAGGCCGAGGUGGAGAGUGCUGAGGAGAUGGAGAUGCCCGAGAUGAUGGACAUCAACGUUGUCAUCGACCGAGCCGCCCAGGGCGCUCUGUCCAUCCACGGCCAGAUUGACGAGGGAGAGUUCAUCAUCUCCACCAUCACCCCCUACAAGGACGGCAAGCUCGCCACCAUUGACGACGCCAACACUGCUGCUGAGCGACGAAACGCCUACGAGGGUCCCUACUUCUACUCUCUCGACGAGGAUCUCCAGCGAUCUAUCCAGGACUACAUCCAGUCUCGAGGUGUCGACACCACCUUCCUGCUGCUGCUCCCCGAGAUUGCCGAGACCUUUGAGAACCGAUCUUACAAGACCUACCUCGCCUCCAUCCGUGACGUUGUCGCCUAA